UCCGGUGCCAAGGUCGAGCUCCACCCUCACGGUAUAAAAGUGUGGCACAUGGAAUGGCUGUCAUCAUUCACACCCCGACCUCCUCCUCCUCAAGAUGUUUACUAAGGCCGCCCUGGUUGUGGUAUUGGUGGGCGUGGUUCUGGCCGCCCCAGACAACCUGUACGGAGCUCCCCACCAGCAGUACAGGGAGGAACCCAAGCCGUACAACUUCAACUAUGGUGUGAAGGACGACUACGCCGGCACCGACUUUAGCCAGAAUGAAGAAUCCGAUGGUAACACAGUCCAGGGCUCCUACACCGUCCAGCUCCCCGACGGCCGCAAGCAGACGGUGACCUACGUGGCUGACGACUAUGGCGGCUACCGGGCUGAGGUUGAGUACUACGGUGAAGCUCAGUACCCCCACGAGUACGGCCCCCCCAUCACCUUCAAGCCCCAGGCUUAUGGCCAGCCCUCUUACCAGCCACCCCAGCCCUCUUACCAGCCCUCAUACCAGCCACCAACAUACAACUAAACAAAACCCCCCAAUACUCUUAAAUUAUGUUCAACAUAUAUCAAACUAUUUUUGUAUUGUGUGUAUAUAUUGAAAUUAAAUAGUUAUCAUUAA